UAAUUGUCAAAAAUUAUAACCUCACUUUUAUCACGAUGGACGCAUACGAUAUUUUUAAAAAAUUAUCAAAAGGUGCAGUUUUUAACAAGAAGAAACCUAAAGAAAGCCGUCCUGUUCAAGUAAAAAUCGAGGUAAAAGAAGAAAUAAUCGAUCAAAAAGAAAAAAAUAAAACUGAGAAUGAAAACAUAACCUUAUUUUCUACAAAUUCCGAAGAACAUUCUUCUAAAAAACGUAAAAGGGACCUUACUAAUGAUGAAAUCGAACGUAAAUCAAAAUUAUUACGCCAAGAAGAAAUAAAUAGAUAUAGAAAUGAAAACAACAUAAGUGUUGUAGGUAAAAAUAUACCUGAACCAGCGAAAACUUUCGAUGACUUUAAAUUGAGUAAUGAUUUAAUUGAAAAUAUUAAAUCCUGUGGAUAUUCCGAACCUACUUCUAUUCAAAAACAAGCUAUUCCUAUUAUGUUAGAGAAUAGACAAAUUUUGGCUUGUGCACCUACAGGUUCGGGUAAAACGGCUGCGUUUUUGUUACCUAUAAUACAUUUGUUAAAGAAACCAAAGCGGAAAGGUUUUCGAGCUUUAAUUAUUUGCCCAACGAGAGAAUUAGCUAAACAAACUCAAAAAGAAUGCAUAAGACUUUCUGAAGGUAGAAACUUACGUGUUCAUGUUAUAAGUAAGAUAAAACAAGCCUUGACUCAAUAUGGUCCGAAAAGUAGUGGGAAAUAUGAUAUUUUAAUAACAACACCAAACCGAAUUUGCUUUUUAUUAAAACAAGAGCCUGCUGGUAUUAAUUUAGCUAAUAUUGAGUGGUUAAUUGUUGAUGAAGCUGAUAAAUUAUUCGAAGAUGGUAUAAGAAGUUUUCGCGAACAACUUAAUCAAAUUGUAUCGUCUUGUACAAACCCUAAUAAAAAAGUAGCCAUGUUUAGUGCAACUUAUACCCCAACUGUUGCAAAAUAUUCUGUUAAAAAUUUAAAAGGACUUAUUCGAGUUACCGUGGGAUUAAGAAACUCUGCAACUUCAGAUGUUAACCAAGAAUUACUUUUUGUUGGUAACGAAGAUGGUAAAUUAAUAGCUUUGCGCAAUUUAAUAAGAACUGGUGUUAAUCCUCCCGUGUUAAUAUUUGUUCAAUCAAAAGAACGAGCUCAACAACUUUUUAACGAACUCAUUUACGAUGGCAUCAACGUUGAUGCAAUUCAUUCUGAUAGAACUCAACAACAACGUGAUAACACAAUUAGAUGUUUUAGAGAGGGCAAAAUUUGGGUGUUGAUUUGUACUGAAUUAAUGGCGAGAGGUGUUGAUUUUAAAGGUGUUAAUUUAGUUAUUAAUUACGAUUUUCCACCAUCAACAAUAGCUUAUAUUCAUCGAAUUGGUCGGGCGGGAAGGGCUGGAAGAAAGGGUAAAGCAAUAACCUUUUUUACAAACGAAGAUACCGUUAAUUUGAGAAGUAUCGCGCAUGUUAUUAAGCAAUCCGGCCAAGAAGUACCUGAGUUUAUGUUAAGCUUGAAGAAACAGAACAAGAAGGAAGUGAAGAAAUUGAAAAAUUCUGCUCCAAAACGAAAAGAUAUUACCACAACGCCUGUUUAUGAAGCAAUCAGGAAGGAUAAAUGGAAGAAAAAUGAGAAAAGAAGAGUGAAUAGUUAUAUUGUAAAAAAGAAUUUUGAUUAAUAAAGAUUUUUUAGAGCAUA